AUGGCCUUCUGGUUCCCCGAAGCGCUCGUGGCCGCCAUGGACGGAGACCUCUGCCUCCUCAAGGAAAUGGCGGACAAGGUGAACCUUCGUGAAACCAAGGACGCUAAGGGGCGGAACGCGCUCCACUGGGCCGCGGUGAACGGCCACCUGGAGGUCUGCAGGUUCCUGGUGGAGGAAUCGGGGUUUGAUGUCAACUCCGACUCCGAAUCAGGCCAGUUGCCGGUCCACAGUGCUGCUGCUGGGAGAAGCGAGAGUGUCCUGAAGUACCUUCUGGACCGUGGCGGCGACCCAGUGAGGCCAGACUUAAGGGGCACGACGCCACUGCACUUUGCGGCGGAGGAAGGGAAUUGCGAGGCUGUAAGACUACUGCUAUCCAAGGGUGUUGAUGUGGAGCCAGUCAAUUUUAUGGGGACACCGUUGCACUUGGCUGCCUCCCAGGACCAAGAUCAAGUUAUGAAGAUCCUGCUGGAGCAUGGUGCUGAUCCCAAAAGAGUAGUUAAUUAUGUCUUUACACCACUCUUGAUGGCUUGCAAUGGGCCUUCCUUAAAGUGCGCAAAGCUACUGGUUGAGGCUGGUGCUGAUGUGAACUUUAGAAGCCCCUCUGGACCAGUUAUUUUAAUGGAGGCAGUUGAUGAUGGCUUCACUGAGAUUGUAAAGUUCUUGUUAGACGCUGGAGCUGACCCUAACAUUGCAGACGAGGAUGGGAGAGUCCCAAUUAUGUGUGCAGGAGCUCAUGGGAAACGUGAGCUUGUUGAAAUUCUAUUUCCUUGGACAAAACCAAUUCCAUCUAUGCCGGAAUGGAGUGUUGAUGGGAUAAUUAGAGGCAUGAAAUAUCUGCGUUUUGAGGCUCAGGGUGCAGUUUUGAAAGAACAUAUAGCUGAUGCAAAGUCAAAAGGAAAGGAAGCUUUUGCAAAGGGGGAGUACUUCGCAGCAGUUUACUUCUAUGGUCUGGCAGUGGACAGAGAUCCACUUGAUGCCACCUUGUUUUCCAACAUAAGCUUAUGUUGGUUGCGGGUGAGAGACGGGAAGCAAGCUCUUUCAUUUGCUCAAAAAUGCAGGAUGAUGCAUCCUAGGUGGUCUAAGGCAUGGUAUCGUGAGGGCGCAGCUCUCAGGUUCCUGAAGUUGUUUCCAUUAUGUCCAUUAUCCAUGGGAAACAUGAACAAGUAA